UCCUGCAAGUUUCCCCCCUGGGCUGGGAUCUACACGCGUGACAAAUUCAGUUUAUCAGGCACCGUGGUGAUCUUCGCUGGCCAGAGUUAGAGGCCGACGAGAAAUCUUCCUGCCUCAGAUUUGUUGACCUACAGAAUGCUUCGAUACUCACAUUUUUGUAGAGUCUAUAAAGAACUUCUUUCAUGCUGGUUGGAAUCUGGCGUAACUAAUUUAGUUGUCUGGCCAAAAAAAAUACACACUACAGCAGAAAGAUAUAAUGAAUCUGAAGCCCAAGAGCAAACAGAAAAAACCGGAACUCAGGAGUUACACAGAUCUCAAGAUGGAGAUUCUGGAGCUGUGGCUAAAUUACAUAUUCCAGUAAUGGUGGAUGAAGUUGUUCAUUGCUUAGCACCACAAAAAGGGCAGGUUUUUCUAGAUAUGACAUUUGGUUCAGGAGGACACACAAGAGCCAUUCUACAGAAGGAGUCAAAUAUUACUCUGUAUGCCCUAGAUAGAGACCCAACCGCUUAUGCAAUAGCUAAACAGCUUUCAGAAUUGUAUCCUAAACAGAUCCAAGCUAUGCUAGGCCAGUUCAGCCAGGCAGAGGCAUUAUUAAUGAAAGCUGGAGUCCAGCCAGAAACUUUGGAUGGAGUCCUUUUGGAUCUUGGGUGUUCCUCCAUGCAACUUGAUGAUCCUGAAAGAGGUUUUUCCCUUCGGAAGGAUGGCCCCUUGGACAUGAGGAUGGAUGGUGGCAGGUACCCUGACAUGCCCACUGCUGCUGAUGUUGUGAAUGCUUUAGAUCAACAGGCACUUGCAUCCAUCCUGAGAACAUAUGGGGAGGAAAAGCACGCCAAGAAAAUCGCUUCAGCAAUCGUUCAGGCACGUAGCAUUUACCCAAUCACCAGAACCCAGCAGCUUGCCAGCAUCAUUGCAGGUGCAUUUCCUGCUUCUGCGAUUUAUGCACGAAAAGACUUGCUCCAGCGAUCUACCCAUAUUGCUACCAAAACUUUCCAAGCUUUUCGCAUAUUUGUGAACAAUGAACUUAAUGAACUCUACACAGGACUGAAGACAGCUCAGAAGUUUUUGAGACCUGGUGGUCGACUUGUAGCCCUUUCCUUCCACUCACUAGAGGAUCGCAUCGUCAAACGAUUCUUGCUUGGUAUAAGCAUGACAGAAAGAUUUAAUCUAAGUGCCAGACAGAAGGUGAUACAAACAUCAAGAUUGGGUUUGGGUCAAGAAAACAAGGAAGGCAUCCCUAUAGAAAGGGAUCCUUUAAUGUGGAAAUUAAUACACAAGAAGGUACUCACUCCAGAAGACCAGGAUGUACAGGACAACCCCCGAGGACGCUCAGCCAAACUCAGAGCAGCUAUCAAAUUAUGA